AUGGAUUGGCAAGGACAGAAAUUAGCGGAGCAGUUGAUGCAGAUCCUGCUCUUGAUCGCCGCCGUUGUGGCGUUCGUUGUUGGUUACACGACGGCUUCCUUCAGGACGAUGAUGUUGAUUUAUGCGGGAGGUGUUGGUGUCACGACGUUGAUCACCAUACCAAAUUGGCCAUUCUUCAACCGUCAUCCUCUCAAGUGGUUGGAUCCAAGUGAAGCAGAGAAGCAUCCUAAACCUGAAGUCGUUGUUAGCUCGAAGAAGAAGUCAUCUAAAAAGUAG